AUGUCUGUAGAUGCUGCGAGUUUGCUUAGUCGCGCUCAUUCCGCAAGUGGCUUCCAUGGUACCAGUAGUGUUCUUUCGCGUCGCCCCUCGAUUUAUGGGACAGGAGAAGACAGGAUUGUCCUUGACAUUGGAAGUUUAUACAUAAAGGCUGGAUUUAGUGGAGAGUCCAGGCCAAGGCAUAUUGUGCCUGUGUAUGCUGGCAACAUGAAGACACACUGGGAUCCCGAUUUCAACGGAAGCGGUGGAGUAGUAAAAGCAUGCGGUGAAAGUUGUAGGGUUACUGGCGAGUUUGCUGAAUUGUUUGACCUAGAAAUUGGAAAAUAUCCCGAUGGUUUGGAUGCUUUAUACGAUCGAUUGGCACACUAUCUUAGGGAAAUUUAUUUCAGGUGCAUAACUAAACAUUCAAAAUAUCUUCUAACAGAUCCAAAACAACGCAAGGUUGUGUUAUGUGAAUCGCCGAUGAUGCCUUUGACAUUGAAGCAGUUGAUUGCCAAAGUUUUGUUCGAGAACCUCCAGGUGCCAUCAAUUUCCUUCGCGCCAUCUCAUAUGUUGGCAUUAUUAACGACUGGUUGUACAACUGGUUUGGUGAUUGAUGUUGGAAAUUUGGAGACCACCGUGUUGCCGACCUUUUCGGCUCGCCCUUUGACCCCCUUUAUCCGUACUACUCCUUUAGCCGGCCGAGCAUUGACCCAAAGGCUCAAGGAUCUGAUUACAACGUACGGAAAUAUGAUUAUACCUCCCUCGACAAAUCAGGUGCCCGUUCAUGCAAAGUAUUUAACACCCUCUGUGUUAGAAGAUAUUAAAGCGCGAUUCAUUUUCGUGAGCCCUAUAAUGGUCUCUGCCGCUUCAAUUGGAAUUGCAGAAAAAACUUCGGUGGAUGACAUGGAAGAAAAAUAUUUGUCAGUCAGUGCUGCAACGGAUGUUCACUAUCCUAUUACCAUAAGCAAAGUCGGAAGAGAACGUCAAAUGGGAACCCUAAUCAUACCUGGUUGGAUCAGAGAACGUUGUGCAGAGGUACUUUUCGAAGGAGAUGAAGAUGAGUCUAGUGUGGUCGGUUGUGCGCUGGAGUGCUUGUUAAAGAUGCCUAUACAUCUUCGUCAACCUCUCACAUCAGCGAUCCUUCUUAUAGGGGGUACCACAUUGCUUCCGAAUUUCCAAUCGAGGUUUGCACAAGAACUUUUACGAGCAUUAAACACAGAUAGGAGGUUCUCGUCUUUGAGUGGUCUUGCAAGUCACAUCGACUUCUUGGAAGAAAAGGGAAGCGGUAAAAUGUUUGUGGCGAAUUGCAGAGCUUGGGUUGGAGGAUCGCUUAUUGGAUCACUUAAAUCUACUGUUGUCGAAAUAUCCAGAGAGAAGUACACUGGACAAGUACCCGACUGGACGACUUCAAACUUGACAACAACCUGA